AGAAAAAAGAAUUGAAGCAUUUCUUUUGAAAAAAGAAAAACACAUUUAAAGAAUUACAUGGACUUUGCAAACAGAUUUAAGAAAAUGAAAGUAAAAAUUUGAACGCCAUCCAGGCUACAGAGGUUGCAGUGGAUAAGAAGUUUAAAAGCUUUGGUUCAAGAUUACAGGAGGCUGCAAGAAAAAUUAAAGACAUGGAAAUGAGGAUGGAAUGACAGGCUGCUAUUUUGCCUCAGAAUACUGAAGAUUGUAAAGCAUUGAGAAAUCGAAUUCAUGACCCUGGAAACCAAGCUCAGAUUAAGAAAUGUCAGGCAUUCGACCUCCGAUCAUGAACGGGCCCAUGCACCCGCGCCCCUUGGUAGCGUUGCUGGAUGGCAGGGAUUGUACAGUAGAAAUGCCUAUUCUGAAGGAUGUAGCCACAGUGGCAUUUUGUGAUGCUCAGUCUACACAAGAAAUUCAUGAAAAGGUACUAAAUGAAGCAGUGGGUGCACUGAUGUAUCACACUAUCACUUUAACUCGAGAAGACCUGGAGAAAUUUAAAGCACUUCGAAUAAUUGUCCGAAUUGGCAGUGGUUUUGAUAAUAUUGACAUCAAAUCUGCUGGAGAUUUAGGGAUUGCAGUGUGUAACGUGCCAGCCGCCUCCGUAGAAGAAACGGCAGAUUCUACCAUGUGCCACAUUCUAAACCUGUACAGGAGAACCACCUGGCUCCACCAGGCUCUGCGGGAAGGCACGAGAGUACAGAGCGUUGAACAGAUUCGGGAAGUGGCCUCUGGAGCUGCCAGGAUCAGAGGGGAGACCCUGGGCAUUAUUGGAUUAGGGCGUGUUGGGCAAGCAGUAGCACUACGUGCCAAAGCCUUUGGCUUCAGUGUGAUUUUCUAUGACCCAUACCUCUCGGAUGGCAUGGAGCGUGCUCUGGGACUGCAGCGGGUGAGCACUUUGCAGGACCUGCUGUUCCACAGUGACUGUGUUACCCUGCACUGCAACUUGAAUGAACACAAUCAUCAUCUUAUUAAUGACUUCACCAUAAAGCAGAUGAGACAAGGGGCUUUCCUGGUCAACACAGCUCGAGGUGGGUUAGUAGACGAAAAAGCACUUGCACAGGCCCUGAAGGAAGGAAGGAUACGAGGGGCAGCCUUAGAUGUACAUGAGUCAGAACCAUUCAGCUUUAGUCAGGGCCCCUUGAAGGAUGCACCAAACCUGAUCUGUACCCCACAUGCAGCCUGGUAUAGUGAACAAGCCUCAAUUGAGAUGCGGGAGGAAGCAGCACGAGAGAUCCGAAGGGCGAUCACAGGUCGUAUUCCAGACAGUCUGAAAAACUGUGUUAACAAAGAUCAUUUGACUGCAGCUACACAUUGGGCCAGCAUGGAUCCUGGAGUGGUUCAUCCAGAGCUUAAUGGUGCUGCAUACAGCAGGUAUCCCCCGGGCGUUGUAAGCGUGGCUUCCACUGGCAUACCUGCAGCAGUAGAAGGAAUAGUCCCCAACCCCAUGUCUUUAUCACACGGCCUCCCUGCUGUAGCCCACCCGCCCCAUGCUCCUUCCCCUGGCCAAACUGUCAAACCAGAAGCCGAUAGAGACCACCCAAGCGACCAAUUGUAGCCUACGAGAACAGCAUUCCCAGCAUCGGAGAGCUCAACUUCAGCGUGUGGAAAAACAAAACAACAAGACAAAACCCUGGAUUUUGAUUAAAGGCAAAAACCAUGAACUUACAGGAGGAGACAAUUAUUGUUUUAGAAACUGGUCCAAUAUACAGUAUAAAAGGAAAAGGUGGGAGACAAAAAAAGAAGAUUUGGAAACAUUUUUUUCCUCCGUAUAAAUUGUAGUUUGUCCCUGUCCAGUGGACUGAUUCACUGUUUCUGUGUCCUAUGGGUUCUUUGUUAAGCAAGAGAAGUUAGUAGUUAAUUAUAUCAUGAAUGUACUUGUCUGUGUACAGUUUUUAGAACAUUAAAAAGGGUUUGUUUGCUUAGCUGUCAACAAGGAAAAACAUAAGGGAGGCAUUCAACAAACCAAUUUUGAGAUUAAAAAUCCUUUCUUUUAUAUUUUAAGACAUGCCCAAAAAUGAGGCAGUUGGCAAACUUCUCAGGACAAUGAAUUUUUCCCAUUUUUCUUUCUACGCCACACAGUGCAUUGUUUUUUCUACCUGCUUGUCUUAUUUUUUAGAAUAAUUUAGUAAACAAAAGAAAAAACAGUUUCUCCUAAUUUUGGCAUGAAUUCCCUUAUUUCAAAAUGAAGACAACCUUGCAAAGAGAUUUUGAGGAAAAAAAAAGGUUUUGUAUAAACGAGCGUUGUGCUUUUUGUCACCAGUUAAAGUAUAUAUUAUUGGUGGUAUCUGGAAAAGGCACUAGACUACUGAAAAGUAGCAGCAUUUCAUUGCCUACAUUGAUUCCUUCCUGGUAAUGUGGUAGGCUAGCAAUAUUUUUGGUUAAAAUCAUGUUUGUGACUGUAACCAUUUGUAUGAAUUAUUUUGAAGAAAUAAAAAUCCCAGACAACUAUCAUAUGUGUAAAAAUUUUUAUUUCUAGUAACUGUUUAUUCAACUUUUAUUAGGUUUCUUAGCUGUAAUUUUUAAACAGAUGCUGUCAAGUAUUUCAUUUCUAGCUUUACUUUGCUCUCUGUUGUUUGUAAUACUGUCUUGGAAGCUUGAAAAAUAAAAAAAAAAAAGAAUUCUUUCCAUACCA